GGCGGAAUAUACACAUAUAUUGUGUGUGUGUAUGUCUGUGUGUGUGUGUGUGUGUGCGUGUGCGUGAGUGUUUGUCCCGCACUUUUUAUUUUACCGACGAUACAAUAGAAAGUCCGUCUUUAUAAUUUUAGUCCCUUUCAAAUGUCUACUAAAGAUGAAUAUGAAGUAUCGACUAUUGGAGAAGAAUAUACAAAUGAGUAUCGAAUUUUCAUAGAAAAAAAUGGUAAAGUUAUUUCACCUUUCCAUGAUGUCCCUCUCUUUGUUGAUAGUGAAAAAAAGAUUGUGAACAUGAUUGUUGAAGUUCCACGUUGGUCAAAUGCAAAAUUUGAAAUAGCAACAAAUGAGCCAUUUAAUCCUAUUAAACAAGAUGUUAAAAAAGGUAAAUUAAGAUUUGUUCGAAAUUGUUUCCCCUUUAAAGGUUAUAUUUGGAAUUAUGGAGCCCUACCACAGACUUGGGAAAAUCCUACAAUAAUAUCGAAUGAUACAAAUACAAGAGGAGAUAAUGAUCCUAUUGACGUCUGUGAAAUUGGACAAGAAAUUGGGUUUAAAGGACAAAUAAAACAGGUAAAAAUUCUGGGUAUCUUGGCUUUAUUAGAUGAAGAUGAAACGGAUUGGAAAUUAAUAGCGAUUGACAUUAAAGACCCCUUAAGUCAUAAAUUGAAUGAUAUUCAUGAUAUUGAAAUUUAUUUCCCUGACUUAAUGAAAGCCACACGACAAUGGUUUAAAAUAUACAAAAUACCUGAUGGUAAGUUAGCUAAUAAAUUUGGUUUUAAUGGUGAAUUCAAGAACAAGGAUUACGCCUAUAAAAUCAUUCAAGAAACACAUGAAUCAUGGAAAGGGCUUAUUGAAGGAAGAAUACCUUAUAAAUCCGACACUCAUCAUAUCAAUGUGAUGAAUGUAACCAUCAAGAAUUCGCCUUAUAAAUUGUUACAUGAUGAUGAUAAAAAGACAAUCAUGAUAAAGCAUCUAAAGAAGCAAUAUAAAAGAAAAUGCCAUGUAAAAGAAAAAGAUGAUAAAUGGUACUUUGUAGCCAAAUCUCAACUUUAAUAAAAAGGAGGGAAAGAAAUAAUAGCGUAUUUUAGACUAUGUAACUCUUUGAAGCCGCCAAAAGAAGAGAUUUUUCAUUCCCAAUUAAAGGAGAAAAAAAAAAAAAAAA